UCUUACUUGAAAGCCACACUACAAGUCUGUCUUUGAAUUUUUGUGUUGCUUUCAUUUGGAUUUUUACACAAUAUUUUCUUGCAUCUGAUUUGUUACAUAUACACCAUUAAUUGUUGUUCCAAUAAAAGAAUCAUUUAUAGAUCGAUCACUCUUCUUCAACUUCAAUUUUCUCCUUUUAGAUAUCUCUGCUUCUUUAUUCAUCUGUGCGUGAAGGAGAAAAUUAAACUCUCUCUAGCUAAGUUUCGUGACACGUACAAAAAUGGCAGCAAGUAAGUCGAGCUAUGAAAAUGGUCAAUCGAGUGUUGGAAUCAAAGAUGGUGAUAAUUGGAUAAUAUCCAUAAUGGAAGAGGAACCCUUGCCACAUAAAAUAAAAUAAAAUACAGAAGGUUGCACCACAACUGCGGAAGGGCAGAAAUGAAUUCUUUGAUCCUGCAGUCGUUUCAAUCGGUCCCCUUCACUAUGGCAAACCAGAGCUCCAAGAAAUGGAAAAUGUGAAGACCAGAGAAUGGCACGCGCGUUUGUCGCUGACAGCAAACGAGACAUCCUUGAAUUCCGUGACAAGUUAUUAGAAGUGGUCAGUGAUGCAAGGAAUUGCUACGUUGAUGGAUCAACAGGUGCAUAUGACGAUGAAGCAUUCGUCCGUAUGAUGUUCGUUGAUGGUUGUUUUCUUCUGUAUUUCAUUGACAAGGUUCUGCAAGGUAAAUAUAAUGAUUUGGAAGAACUUGCUGGGCAUCUAGGCUUUGGUAGAUGGCCUGUGUUAAUAGGGGACUUAAUUUUGCUGGAGAACCAACUUCCUUUCCUAGUUCUCCAAACCUUGAUGAGCGUAAGAUUCCCAGAAGACGCAGGGAAGGGAUUGAUUGAGACUUACAUCGACGUUUAUUUCAUACAAGACUUGGAAGCGAGGAAAAUGAUGAUAUCAGGACAACGUUCAAAUGGUACCAAGUAUGAUGGAGAUCAGCAACCCCUUCAUUUACUAGAACUCACGCGCAGAAGAUUUUUCGGCAGCACGAAAGGGGAAGAUGGUCCUCCCAGCGGGACCGGAUUAAGAGGACAUAGAGCAACCAAGCAGAUUAACUCAUUUCGUUCGGCCACAGAACUUGAAGCACGAGGGAUACAUUUCAGGCCUAGCAACACAUAUAUUUUGAACGACUUCACCUUCAGUUCUCGAUUUCUUCAUGGACGGGUGACGCUUCCUCAAGUCGUGGUUGAUAUCCAAACCAAGAGGGUCUUUUCGAACAUGAUGGCCGAUGAAUUGGCUCCCUUUGGAUUCGGUGUCCAGAAGAUAUGCAAUUAUAUAUAUUUCAUGAAUUCACUCAUAAAUGGAGCUGAUGAUGUGAUUGAGCUGCGAUCACACCGCAUCAUUUAUAACUUACUUGGCACUGAUGAGGAAGUUGCAAAACUAUUCAACAACUUGGCUGCCUUCUGCGGAGAUCCUCUUCUAUCAGACAAAACUAAAGCUGUCAUUACUGGGAUUAAAGAGCACAACAACAGCAAGAGGAAGACUUGGACGGCUCAACUGUUGCACAACUAUUUUAGCAGUCCCUGGACUGCUUUGGCUUUCUUUGCGCAACUUUUGCACUGGUUCUGACUUUCAUUCAAACAUUUUUCCCUCGUUAGAAGGUACAAGGACGACCUGUGAGCAAUUUGGUCGGCACAUCGAUCCAACUCUAAUGUGUGUUGGUUUAAAAGCAUAUAAUAUGUGUGUGUGUUGGAUCCUUCAGUUUCAAGGACAUUGAAUAAAUUAGUCAUGUGUGUAUGUUUAAAAACAAACUCAUUUGUAUUUCUUUUUAUCUUUUCUUUCUUCAAUUAAUUUGCUUUUGGAAUGUUUAUUCCACAUCGUCAAUAAAUGCUCACCUUCCUCAAACCUUCUACUUUUCCACCAAAGUAGUUGAAUUAAUCCACUGUCUUCGAGUUUUGAUGUAAAUCGAAAAUGGCAAUUGAUGCAGUUGAGUCCACUCUAAUCGUAGAAGUUCAUGUACGUACCACAAGAACAUGCCGAAUGGAAAUAUAUUGCAGGUGCCCGGUGCACCAUGCACCUGGCCAUCACAAACGUACAUACUAAGCAUGGAUGGUUGUAAUGUGUACGGUGCACCGGGCACAAUAAAUACCAUCCUUUCGAAUUGGGUCAGACUUCAAUAUAUUAUCAAUUCCUCAAUAACCAAAAAAGAUGAAACUGCAAAAAUAUCAUGCGAAGCAGCAAACCACGUUCCAGCAGCAAUCAAGACAACGAGGAACUCUCCUUUUUGUGUACUCAUCUGUGUAAAUUAGCACAUUUUGAAAGAAACGUGCUAACCAUGUAAUGAUAUAAUUUGUUUACUCUUUUUGUUUGUUCAAAAUGUGCUGUUUUAAAAGAGUUUUUAUAUCACAAAGUCUUAGGGAUUUUUCCUGGUUGCUUCCCUUUUUAUGUAUGAUUUUUUCGUGGGCUUUGGAAAGAAAAAGACAUGCAACCUACUUUUUAAUGUCGCAAGCCAUCAUUGGUGACAAGAAGAGACAUCCAAUUAAUUAUGGGGACACUUGUGAAGAAGACUUCGACUUGCCUACUGACUAUUAUUUACCUUUAUUUUUAUAUUUUUUUGCCUGACGGAACAUUUUAUUUCAACAAAAAAAAAAACAAACAAAAUACUCCGUACUACAGAAGAGGCCAGAGCCUCCACACAA